AUGCGGGGGCUGAUGUCCGUUCCCCUUCACCACCGCCCUCUAUUCUGGCAGGGCCCAACUUCGAGCCCCGCAGUCCCUAGAAUCCUUAAGGGCCAUUUUGCACACGACUGUGCGACCCCCAUGCGCCGUCCUCAUUCACCACAGCACACUGGGCCAGCUUCGAGCCGACAGAAGCGCACGGAGACGACGGAGCAGCGGACCGUCGCCAUUUUGUCGUUCGCGCUGGAGUCCAAUGUCUUCAACCCGACCCCGAGGCGGCUGAGCGACUUCCAGGUGCUGCAUGGCCAGGCGUACGAGAAAGAUGAGCGACAGGCGGGCUUUGUGCGCAGAUUGCGGGCCGCGGAGCCGGGCCUCUUUGCAGAUGUGGAGGUGAGCUUCGUGAGCCUGUAUCGCGGCUGGUGUGGUGGCCUAAUUCCAGCAGAGGACUUUGCCAAGAUGAAGCAGGAGGUCUCGGCCGCUCUGAAAGCUUUACUCGGUCGGCGCAGUAAGAUCGAUGGCAUUUGCCUUGACUUACACGGCGCCAUGGGCGCAUCAGGCAGCGAAGAUCCAGAGGCCGAAUUGGCGGAAGCUGUCCGUGAUGCGGUUCCUGUUGGCUUGCUGGCAGCCUCCUUCGACUUACACGGCAACUUCUCCGAGCGUCUAGGCGGCGCGCUGGAUAUUGUUGCCGCGUACAAGACGUUUCCACAUGAUGACAUGGAGGAAACAAAGACGAAAGCUCUGCGAAUGCUCCUGCACUGUCUGCAGCCUCAGAACGCAAUCCAGCCCACUCUCGUCGUCAUCACAAUUCCUGUGAUCCUGCCCGGCGACAAAAUUGUCACCACCGAGGGCUACGGCCAGAAGUUGUACCGAUGGCUUCGUGAUCUUGAACCUCCGUGCUGGCGCACGCCUGUCCUCACGAAGCUCAUCGGCCCUGUCGACGAGUCGAUUGAGCCCAAAGCCAACUUGCUCGAUGCAUCCUUCUUUGUUGGCCAUGGCCAUGAGGAUACACCGCGUGUCGGUUCGGCGGUGGUGCUCACAUGUUCCAUGGCCGCUGCAGAAGAGCACGGCGCCCUUGCGCAAGAGCUUGCUCAGUGGUAUUGGGAUCGGCGCGCAGACUUCACAUACCCGGCUGAAUCUCCGACUGUUUCGUGGGAGGAGGCUGUCCAAGAGCUCUACGCGGCCUUUGAUCGGGGUCAGAGGGUUCUGCUUGGGGACCUCGGUGACAACGCCAAUGCAGGAACGUCGGGCGACGUGCCUUUCGUGUGUCGGAGACUGCUGGAGCAGACUUCCGCACCACGGAACGGAGGCAAGCCCCACCCUCGGGUGCUCAUCGCGGGCCUCGCGGACGAGGCCGCGGUGCGCGCUUGCACUGAGGCGGCGAAAGCUUCACGUGUGCUCCCUCGGCUUAUGAUCGGUGCGGGCCAUGCCAUCGGCGCUGACUAUGGCGAGGGUUGCGAGGCGCUGGAGCUUCAGGAUGCCUGUGUCCAGGCCAUCGUGAAUGAGGGGCUGUGGGCGAUUGUCGAGGCCUCCCCAAAUGUCACGAUCGUGCUGCAGCGAUCUUCUUGGGCCUUCUUUUCUCACGCCGACGUGGAGCGACUGACGGGGGAUUUUCACCCGUCCAAGUACGACGUCGUGGUCGUCAAGCGCGGGAACGUGGCUUCCCUGGUUGAGCCCAUGCUGCCGAUUGGAAGUCCCCCAGAGGAGGCGGCAAAGACAUGCUGCAUCAUGGCCACGACGCCUGGUGCCAACUCCUAUCCGAUGAGGCCGCGCCCGCACCUGCGCCCGGGCAUGUACCCAGAGAGCCCAGGGCGGGAAUGGGCAGCGCCCGCUGGGACCGUGCCACCGCGCUACGAACCGCGGAAAUUAAAAAAAAGCCUUCAAGACGCACAGCGCUUUAAGUUGCAGACAUCAUGA